CAGGGCUCCUUUGAUACUCGGCCGGGCGCUAUUUAAACGCCCCGCCUAGCUAGCCCCGCCUCGGCCGGCGUGUUGCCUGUGUAGGUUGACGUGGGUGUACAAACAGAAGUGUGUGGUGCCACGCUGAACUGUUUCACAGUUCGUGUUAUUUGAAAGGAAGAUCACGGGAGCCAGUUUUGAAGUGUCAUCACAGUGUAUCCUGCAAUGAACCAGUGCCGAGGGCUGACAUGGUGCUGCGUUGGGGAUCCAGCCUUGUAUUGAGGUUGUGGGAUGGUUGUGCCCUGCUCCCAUUCCUAAAUUAAAUACAUGACAUUAUAUAGGUGGAUAGGCAGGUAGAUAUAGAUCGUUUUUUUCAGUAUUAUAUGAGUGGCCAUGGCUGAGAUUGUCAAAGAAGCCCUCAGUGUGAGUGACAAGUGGCAUCUGAAGAGUGUUGAUCUAAUCUCAACUUUACAACAUCACCUGGAGCCCUAUGAAUCAUGGGUAGUUCAAGCCUCAGUAUUGGGGGACAACAGGGAAGCUUUCACAUUCUUCUUCCCUCUCCUUGCUGGCCUACACAAUGAAUUAGGAGCACGUACCCUUUGGGCAGCCAUACUUGUGGAGUGGUCCAACUUGCUGUUGAAAUGGAUGUUUGUUGGGGACCGGCCUUACUGGUGGAUUGGUGAGACUUCUUUGUACACUGAUGAAACUCGCCCACAGCUACGAAAGUUUCCCAAUACAUGUGAAGCUGGUCCAGGCACUCCAUCAGGUCAUCUCAUGAUGAAUGUGGCUAUGUUUUAUGUGAUCACAAGAGGUAUAUCUACUGAGUUUAUCUGGAAGUGGAAAAGUAUAAGCAAGUGUAAAAAGACUGUGGUAGCUGCUUCCCUGUACUUUAUCUAUUUCCUGUGGAUAGGAGUUAUUUGCAUCUCAAGGCUUUAUAUACAAGCUCAUUUUAUUCAUCAAAACAUCUUAGGAAUAUUUAUGGGACUUGUUGUUGGUAAUUUUGCAUGGAACAGUCCGGGGAUAGUGAGAUAUAACAAGUUAAAAGCUGUACUCAUGGCAGCAUUCCUCAUCACAUCUGCAGUAUCAAUCUAUACGUUAUUGCUAUCCAAAGGAAUGGAUCCCCUUUGGACUUUGCCUUUUGCUCUGAAGCAUUGUGCACGUGUGGAGUAUGUGAGGGUUGACACUCAGCCCUUUUUCAUAAUGACGAGAUUUACUGGAACAGCUUUAGGAUUGGGUUUAGGACUGUCUUCUGAAAAGAGGCUUGUAGUAUUGAAUUCACCAAGAAACAUCAUUCGCACCAUCCUUACCAUGAAAGCAGGAGUUAUUCUUGGGAAGAUAGCAUCACUGAUUCAGGCCAGUUUUCCUGCAGACGACUUGGUGCUGUUCCUGAUCCUGAGUCUCAGCCUCAGCAUUGCUUUGCCAUUCAUUAUUAUCGCUCUACUACCUCACUUCUUACUUACUAUGUAUUAUGGUAAUUAAAAGAUUGUAUUUUGCUAAGAAGAUGAGAACUAUUUGGCUAUAGAUCAAUUGAUUCAGUUAUGUAUAUUGAUAUUAAUGAAAAUUAUUAUAUUUUCCAACUGAAGUUAUUUCUUAUUUAUUUUUAUGAAAAUUACUUUUCACCUGUUAUGGCCAUGUUACUAGAUGAGAAGUUGAAUACCAAAGGCAGAAUGAGUGGUGGUGUAGGAGUGGAAGGUGUGGUGUAAUGAGUGAUAAGCAGUAGUUCAUUGAGCACAAACUCUUACUAAUAAUCACUAUGAUAUUAAGUACUGAAAGUAGCUGACUGGACUUGGAAUUACAAAACAUUACAACAGAGAUCCUCAUACGUGUAUUAUAGCCUGUCAGUGUUGUGCUAUGUUGUUUUGUGUCCAAGAAUUGGCAUAUACUGUCACAGUUAUAAUGUAAAUUUAAAUUGAUUUUAUACUUGUAUUUUUUACAUAAAAUACUGUGUACAUAAAAUACUGUGAUGUAACUACAAUGGUUUCAGUGAAGUCCACUAUAACUAUUGGCUGCAAGUUUUGUAGUUGGCUUGAAAGAAUAUUGCCACUGUAUGCUUUGCAUGUUGUAAAGGUGAGUAAAAGGGAGAAUAAAAGAUUGAGGACCCUC